GAUUGGAUAAAUAAAUAAAUAAUAAAGUGAGAAUGAUUAAACGAAACUACAACCAUGGCUGACGUAGCUGCAAAAAGGGAAGCAAGAAGGCGAAAAAUAUUAGAAAAUUCACAAAAUCGUUUGGAAAAAAUAACAGGACGUGUUUGCGACAGCCCUUUAGAAAGAAAUGGCUUGUCUGAAAACAGAAAAGGAUUAUUUGAUUUCCUUGCUGACGGAACAACACAAGAUGAUGGUGGUUUAGAUAAUCGAUUAUAUCCUCGUGUUCAGGGAGAUUUUGAAAACAGUGACAAUCCACGUGAUUCUCCGCCACUAUCUGAAAAUUCACUAAUUUAUAAAUUGCUCUUCGGCAAAUUGUCAUAUCCACUACUUGCAUUAAUUGUAAAUAUUCUCUUCGUUCUAAAGUUGGAAGACUAUUUUGGCCAGACUAUUUAUGUGCCGUAUUUUGCGUUGAUUGUGGUUCACAUUAUUUAUCAUCAAAGAUGGUCGAAAUUGCAGGGAUCAAACAUGUUGGUUGCCGUUUUAUUACUAUGCAACAUGAAUCCAAAAGUAAUCAAUAGACUAAUUAAAAUUAUAACAAUAUUGAAGUUGAUUUUCCAAGGACUCAGUUUGUAUGUACUUAGUUAUUCCAUUAUGCGAUGGAUUAUUUCAUUUGUUUGGAAUGAAUUCGACGAUCCUUCAUUUGAGAAUUUAAAUCUUCCGGAUAUGAAUUAAAAUGUUUGGUUAAAUGAAA